UGCACACGUAGGCGUGAUCAAAGCUGGGGGCUUUAUUUAUUUUUUACUUCUUUAACUUGACUUGUGACUAAAACCACUUCAUCUUCAUGUGAGUACUGCACAUGUAUCCAGUUUAGAAUACUGGAAAGAUGAGCAGCCCUCCCAAACCGACAACCAUACCUCACAUUGUAAAAGAGGAGGUCAUUGCAUCUGGGAAAUGGUUGAAACUUGAGAAGACCACCUAUGUGGACCCUGUUGGAAACACAAGAACUUGGGAGACUACGAAAAGGACAACCAGACAGGCCAAUGCAGCAGAUGGUGUGGGGAUCAUCGCCCUUCUGAAGCGGACCCUCCACAAAGACUGCGUUGUCAUGGUGAAGCAGUUCCGUCCACCAAUGGGGUGCUAUACCCUAGAGUUCCCUGCAGGUCUGAUUGACGAGGAUGAGAGUGCAGAGAUUGCUGCUCUGCGAGAGCUGAAGGAGGAGACUGGUUACAAGGGGGAGGUGGUAGGAGUCACCCCAGUGACCUGCUUGGACCCUGGCCUCUCAAACUGCACCACACAGAUCGUCAUGGUUAACAUCAAUGGAGAUGACCUCGAAAACACCAACCCCACACAGCAGCUGGGUGAUGGAGAAUUUGUUGAAGUUCUUCUUCUACCUCUUGAUGAAUUCCAGAGGGAAAUUGAUGACCUGAUGAAGAAGGAGAAGAUUGUGGUGGACUCUAAAGUUUACAUCUACGGCAUGGGGAUGUCCCAAGCCUUCUUUAAACCCAAUGAACUCCGAGUGCUCAAACAGUGAGAGAAGGAUGGGGAGAGAAAGUAAAGUGGAGAGAGUAGACUAGAUGGAUGGGAAUAGAGGGAGAGGGUAUUAGGCUGCCGACUCCUUUUGUUGUAGUCUCUCUGUUACACUACGAAUAUAGAAUUUCUAAAUGAUAACUCUGAUUACAUACUGGAACAUUCCCAACUUUCACUAACUCGGCUGAUUGAGCUUUACUGUAAAAUAACUUUUAAAAGGUACUGUUAUAAUAAUGUGCCUUGAAAGAUGUUACUUGCAACGGCAAUACUUUUGCGCAUGUCGGUGCAUUUAUGUUGACAUCCAUUAGUUCACACCAAUGCUCUGUUAGACCAAGGUAUAGAUGUAGAUGUCUCCUUGCUGGUAUAAAGCUGACAUGCAGCUGAUCCUCACAUUUUAUUCAGCAAUUAACAGUAAUUGAAUGAACUUGAUGUCAAUAAACAUGUUAUUCUUAUAGCAACA